UUUGAGUUAUUUUGAUUCAUAUGAGUGAAUGUUUAUAGUAAUUAGCAAUUCAAAAAAGGAAACAAAAGUUACCCAUUUAAUCCAAUCCACUCCCUCUCCAUUUUAGCCUGUUUCUUCAAUCAUCUUCUGGUUCCACCAUUUUUAGGAAUCUUGGAAAUGGAAGGAAUUGAGCAAUGGAAAAGUGAGGCAAAACAAUGGAUACAACAAGGAAUUGAAUUUGCCAAAGAAAUACCACCUACCCAGCUCUAUUCGGCCGCUGCUGUCUUGCUUUUCACUACCCUUUUACUCUUAAUCAUUCGUCUCUUUAAACGCACUAAAUCUAAUACCAUUGUGCUCACUGGACUCAGUGGGAGCGGGAAAACUGUCAUUUUCUAUCAACUUCGAGAUGGUUCUUCACAUCAGGGCACUGUUACAUCGAUGGAACAAAAUGAGGGCACUUUCAUCCUUCAUUCUGAAAACUCUAAGAAGGGCAAACUAAAGCCUGUUCACCUUGUUGAUGUUCCUGGGCACUCUCGCCUUCGACCCAAACUAGAUGAGUUUUUGCCUCAAGCUGCUGGCAUAGUGUUUGUUGUUGAUGCUUUGGAAUUCUUACCCAAUUUGCGUGAAGUUUCAGAAUAUCUGUAUGAUAUUUUGACCAAGGCAAGUGUCGUCAAAAGGAAAGUUCCAGUUCUGAUCUGUUGCAACAAGACAGACAAAGUGACUGCACAUACUAAGGAAUUCAUCAGAAAACAACUCGAGAAAGAAAUUGACAAGUUACGGGCAUCAAGAAGUGCAAUCUCAGAAGCUGAUGUUGCAAAUGACUUUACUCUAGGGAUCCCGGGAGAAGCAUUUUCCUUUUCUCACUGUAGCAACAAAGUUGUCGUUGCAGAGUCUUCUGGUUUGACUGGCGAAACAUCUCAGGUGGAGCAGUUUAUUAGGGAGCAUGUAAAACCCUAGGCUAGUGAUCUAUCUGAUGUAUCUGCUUUGCGAGCGGGUCAAUGUUGUCUCUGGUUGUCGGAAAACCUCAUGUAAGCGAAAAUGUGCAACCUGAACUUGCCGGGAGAACAUAAGUAGAGUUGAUAGAAAGAAAAUUAGAGAUAAAGAUGUGCAUCUUGAUUUGUCGGAGCGGCGUGAUCAAUUGAAACCACGGUUCAAAGAGAAUUGUUGAUAACUUGAUAUAUUUCUUUUAGAGUUCUAUGGAUAAUGACUUCUUUUGGGUUUAAA